GGGCGAUACAUUAUUUUAAAAGCUUGCAUCCAAGAUAAAGACUAUGUGCUGAUUAAUGUUUAUGCGCCGAACAAAGACAAAGACCAAGUGAAUUUUUUCAACAACCUACUUUCAAUUUUGCAAAAUGAAAAUCUGGAUUCUUUGGAUAACAUCAUACUAGGAGGAGAUCUAAAUUGUCCACUCGAUCCAUUACUCGACAAAAAAGGUGGAGCAAGAACAAAAAGGAAGUCAGUUAUCUCUUGUGUCGAAGAUUUCAAAAGUAAAUUAGAUUUAGUGGAUAUCUGGAGAUCCAAAAAUCCAGACGCAAAAAGUUUUACGUGGAGUCAAAAAUCUCCCCCAGUGUUUUGUCGUCUCGAUUACUGGUUGAUAUGUAACAACCUGAGCGAUUUUGUUGAAUUGACCGAAAUAAUCCCGGCUGUACGAACAGAUCAUGAUGCAAUUUCUUUAGAACUCGGAAAGCUAGAGGACGAAUUGAAAGGGCCAGGAAACUGGAAAAUGAACUGCUCUCUGUUAGAUGAUGAAGACUACGAAGAAGAUAUAGCCAGGAUGAUUCCACUCUGGAUAGCGGAAGGACAGAAAGAAUUUACAGAUAAUCGAAUGAUAUGGGAUUGGAUUAAAUAUAACAUAAGAGCUCAUGCUAUUCAAUACUCUAAAAGAAAGGCAAAAGAAAGGGGGAAAAAGGAACUUGACCUUCAGGAGGAAUUAACUAAAGCAAAAAGUAAACUUGAAAAUAAUCCAAACGACCAUAACAAAACCUAUUAUAACGUAGUUCAGGAGAAGUUGGAGUCGUUUUACGAAGAAAAAACCAAACGCGUAAUAAUACGAGCACGUGCUAGAUGGCAUGAACAUGGAGAGAAGAGCACAAAAUAUUUUUUAAACUUAGAAAAAAGGAACCACGUUAAGAAGCAUAUAAGAAAACUGUGCAUAAAUGGUAAAAUAACAACAGAUCCGCACUGUAUACUAAAAGAACAAGAGCGUUUUUACAGCGAAUUGUACAAAAGCAGCAUUAAUAGUCCUAAUAUAGGAGGGAAAAUAUCUUCAUUUUUGAACGAUCUGAAUAUUUCCCAACUUUCAGAGGAGGAAACAAAGUCCUGUGAAGGAUUAAUUUCUCCAGAAGAAUGUUCUGAACUCUUGGAUAGCUUUCAGAGGAAUAAAUCCCCUGGAAAUGAUGGCAUUCCAGCUGAAUUCUAUAGAAAAUUUUGGCCUUUAAUAAGCGAAAGUUUUAUCAGGUGUGCAAAUGAAUGCUUCGAAAAAGGGGAAAUGUCAUGCUCACAAAAACAGGCUGUAAUUACUCUGCUUGAGAAAAGCGGAAAAGAUCGCACUCUCCUCGAAAACUGGCGGCCAAUAUCUCUUGUUAAUGUAGAUAUGAAAAUUAUGUCCAAGAUGAUCGCAGCAAGGGUUAAAAAGGUGUUACCCAGUAUCAUUCACUACAACCAGACUGGUUAUGUUAAAGAUCGUUUCAUUGGUGAAGCAAUACGUUCUAUUUUCGAUAUUAUGGACUUCGCAGCUAAGGAAAACAUCCCAGGUUUACUGCUGUUUAUAGAUUUUCAAAAAGCUUUUGAUAGUGUGGAAUGGGAAUUCCUCAUUGAGAGUCUUAAAAAGUUUAACUUUGGUCGAGAUUUCCUUCAAUGGGUGAAAACCUUUUAUAACAGCAUUCAAAGCUGUGUUAUAAACAAUGGCGUUAGUUCUAACUUUCUUACUCUGGAACGCAGUGUUAGGCAGGGUGAUCCACUCUCUCCUUACUUAUGUAUAAUUGCUGUAGAAACUUUAGCAAUUGCUAUAAGGCAAAAAGAGUCAAUUAAAGGAAUCACAAUAGGAACUGAGGAAACUAAGCUUCUACAGUUUGCAGACGAUACAACCGCUGUGUUAGCUGACACAAGCUCGGCCGCAAGAUUAUUUGAACUACUUAACAAAUUCGAAAUUCUCUCUGGACUCAAGAUUAACUGUUCAAAAACUGAAGGUAUGUGGAUUGGAUCUAAGAGACAUUAUAAAGAAAAACCAUUCGGUAUUAAAUGGCCGGACGAGCCAACAAAAGCUCUAGGUGUAUAUUUUACUUAUGACCAAAUUGCUUAAAGAAAAGAAUUUUAUAGAACGACUGGAUUCAAUGAAAAAACUUAUUAAUAUAUGGUCCGCUAGAGGCCUGUCGAUAUACGGUAAGGUGACAAUAAUCAAAUCUUUUCUUAUCCCUAAGUACAUUUACGAAGAGGGAGGGCUAAGAAUGGUUGAUCUCGAGUGCAUGGUUAAGUCAUUGAGAUUAGCUUGGUUAAAACAUAUCUUCAGUGGGACUAAUGGAACUUGGAAAAGCUACCUACAACACAUACUGAGCUCCGUUGUGGGAUUGUUCUUUUUUAACUGCAACUACAAUAUCUUGGAUUACACAAUUCCUUCUCAAUUUUAUCAGGAACUUUUGUUAUGGUGGUCGCAAUUUCGUGAAACGUUUGCCACUGAAGAAGAUUGGAAAACGAUAAUCUGGAAUAACAAAGAAAUAAAAGUAGAAAACAAGCCGGUUUAUUAUAAACAUUAUGUUAAUGCGAGAGUCAUUUGCAUUCAGGAUCUUUUAUUUAGUCUGAACAGUACUGAUUCUUAUAAUCAACUGUCUAAAAAAAUAUGCAAAACAAAUAUUUUAGAAUGGGCUGGCUUACGCAGGACCAUUCCAUUAUCGUUAAGAAGUUAUGACAGGUAUCCUUCCAUAAACUCACCAACAUUUGUGGUGGGUGACAAUAAUUUUGAUGUUACGAAAGGGAAAUCAAAGGAUUACUACAACCUACUCAUCAGAGAAAAAGCUAAACCGCCCAAUAUUAUUCAAAAAUUACAGAGUAACUUUCAUUUUAACAGCUACAAUCUGAAGCAAAUAUUUAAGCUGCCACACUAUAUCGUUGUUGAAUCGUAUGUUAAAGCCUUCCAGUACAAAGUAAUUAACUCAAUUCUUUACACAAAUACAAAGUUGUAUAAAAUAGGUUUUAGAACAAAU